UUUUUUUUUUUGUGUCAGCGGGUUUCACGGCGCGGGGCGUCAGCGGGUCUCAACCGACGCCUCACGCCUGCGGAGGACUCCCCGGGUCCGGGGGGGCAGCGGACGAAGCCUCCUCGCUGCGCUCCGGACCUCCGGCGAGGGGAGAAAAGGGGGCGCUUCUCGCGAAUGAAUAGGAAGCGAGGAAAAAAAAAAAAUCCGGGUGUCUUUUCUGCUUAUCACGUCGCCCGUAACACGUUCAUGUAUCAGCUCCGCAUGUUCAGUUGCUGGAGGUUUUUCGUGCGUGUGUGUGUUUUUUAUUUUAAUUUCCUUUUCUUGCUAUUGUGCUGCUGGCCGGGGCCGGGGGUGGGCGUCGCUCCGGGACGGACUGGGCUGCUCCCGGUGCGCCGCUGCCCGCUUUUCUCUCUCUUUUCGCAGGACUGCAGCACUCUGGUGGCGUGGGUUUUUUUUUUUUCCCCACACAGGUCGGCUGACGCCGUGACAUUAUGGGUAAAAAAAAAAAGAAAGAAGAAGAAGCAGCAGCAGCUUGGGGAGGUUACCGGGGUUGGUUGCACCGCGGAGCCUCACGGGUGUUGCGCCGUGGGUUACCGGGCGCCGUGAUGAAACGGGAAUGCACGCGCGCAGACGUGAUGGUGGCCAAAUAGGUUACUGUGAAAAGAGGAACAACUAUUCUCUAUAUGUGGUUGCGGCACGUGUUUACUCCCGUCAGGUGACCUUUAUUUCCACCCGCAAUGGGUCUGUGGCGUUUGUUACAUCGGCGGGUUUCCACGCGCCGUCGCCUCCCUCCGGGGAAGGUUUAAGGGGGUUUUGCCACCCGACGCUCCAGCGACUGGAGACGGGUGUAGCUCAUUAGAAGAGGCGCCUGAUGGAUUGCUCGUCCGGCCAAUCACGGCGCAGAAGGGAGCUAAGUGGGCGGAUGCCUUUGCUGGAGACCGUCCUGUGCAGAAACAAAGACGUGGGGGAGAGUUGACAAUCAGUGGGGUGUUUACUGUGUGACCUGUUAAUAUUUGGGGGUGUUUAAGCAUGAACCAUUUACCAAGAUAAAACGAUGAUACUGUCCCACGAAUCAUGUAACAUGUGUGCAUUUAGGCUCAUGCAUACACAGGAUCACAUAAAAUGCAAGUCUCUCCAUUUCAACGAGCGUCCACGAGGCCCCUUUGUUCCGUUAUCAUCUUCUUCUUCUUCUUCUUCUCCGUGGGUCGUGUGCUGCGUGCGCGCUGAGUGCUUCUCCCAUUGUCUCCCCCGCAGGCAGCCUCAGAGGUGGUUCAACACUGCGGACAUCACGGUGGCUCACCAGAGCAGCCUGCUGAAGCAGCUCAACCAACAGCGCCGCCAGGAGCUCUUCUGUGACUGCAGCGUGCUGGUGGAGGGCCAGCUCUUCAGGGCCCACCGCAACGUCCUGUUCGCCAGCAGCGGCUACUUCCGCAUGCUUCUGUCCCAGGGGCCCGACGGGCUGUCCGACUCGGUCAACGCCACCUUCGACGUCUUCAGCCCCGAGAGUUUCACCGUCAUACUGGACUUCAUCUACUCGGGCCAGCUCGACCUCUCGAGCCACAAUGUGAUCGAGGUGAUGUCUGCGGCCAGCUACUUGCAGGUGAACAAUGUCAUCAACUACUGCAAGAACUUCAUCAAAUCCUCCCUGGAAAUCAGUGUGAAGGAUGAAGACCGUGACCGCUGCAUCAGCUUGUCAGAGACCUGCAGUUUUAUCAGUGGAGUCGGAGAGGACAGCCCCGAGCAGCAGCAGCAGCAGCAGCGGCAGCAAGGCCUCAGCUCGGUGAGCCCCCCGCCGGCGCUCUGGACCAGGGACAACUCACGGGUGCAGUGCGGCUUCAUAGGGAAGGACCCGGAGCAGGAUUCAUCGGCCCCAGCCCUGAAGACUGAGCCCAGCAGCCCCGCUGACCACCUCGGCGCGGAGGCCGAGGACUCGCAGGACCCCGAGGACCCCCCGUACGCGCUGCCCGGAUCAGUGCGCCGGCGAGGUAGAGGGGGAACCAGAAGGAGGGCAUCCAACGGCACGACUCGCGCCAACCCACCCGAAGACCUGGACAUCGAGGAGGCCAGGAAAAAAAAGGCAGAGAGGGCGGAGGAGCUGUAUGCUACUCUUCCACCUAUUGUGAGUGUUAUCGGGCACUUUAAUAAAGACUCCAACCCUAUUAUGCGUUUCAAAUGUCCCUUUUGCACACACACCGUGAAAAGGAAAGCCGAUCUGAAGCGUCACUUGCGCUGCCACACAGGAGAGAGGCCGUACCCCUGUCAGGCCUGCAAUAAACGCUUCACGCGCCUGGAGCACCUCCGCAGCCAUUUUGAGACGAUCCAUCAAGCCAGGAAGCUGGUGUGCAGGAAGUGUAAAUGUCAGGUUUCGGAGGAGACUGGGCACGUGGUGUGCGAGGGGACACGACGCUACCGCAUGUGCACCGCAUGCAUCCAGGAGGUUGACUGUGACGACAUCCCCAUGGACGGUCUAGAUAGCGCCAACGAGGAGCCGGCCCUCUUAUUGGGGGUUGACGGGGAAGAGGAGGGGGACAGCGGGAGGAGCUGGAUGGUAACCGAUGACGACGACCUAGCGGAGGACUCGGGGGCCGACCUCAUCAUCCAGCAAGUGGACGACAGUGAUGAGGAGCUGCAGUGAAAUGGAACCAAAGUGUGUGUGUGUGUGUGUGUGUGUGUGUGUGUGCAGAGGCAUGCAUGGGUAAUAAACUUUGUGUGUGCGCGUUUAAGCCACGCAAGAGAAUUUAUGCACAAAAUAUGUGAUCCACUAUUGUAAGUAAAUACGCUUGAUAUAUGUUAGCUGUCUAUUAUUUAAAUGCAACUGGUUAAUCUUUACUGGAUGUUGACUUUUGUUACAAAGAGGAAUUCUUUUUGCUCAGCUUCAUACAGAUAUGCAGUAUCCAAAAACGGUGUUUUCUUUGAUUGUGUUACAGUUAAAUUAUACUCUUUCAAAGGAUGGACACCUCUGGUUUGGGACGCUCUAAUAAAAAGCUGCCAUUUCAGUAGAAACAAACUGACUACUGUCAAUUCCCCGCUUCCUUUAAGGAAGAUCAAGCGUGGACUUUUCCCAAUUUUACACAAUUGCAUUUGUUAUGAUUAUGUUUUAUUAUGAUAUGCACUAUGAUAUAAAACCAAUAAUAAUGUAUUUGUUUGUUUUGUCUUUUUGACACAUUAAAGAUAUUUUAUACAGU